AUGACGGUGUUCAUUGCCUCUCUGUUUCUUCCUUACACUAUUGACUUCCAGUCAACUGACGUUGUGAGAAGACGACGACGCCGCAAAUCGUCGCAAAGUUAUGCUGCCCACGAUGGCUCGGGUCCUCUACCCAUCACUGGACGUGAUAUUCGCAAGUCGCGCCUCAGAUCUGGCAGUCUGUCCCUGACACCCGGAGCUGCGACAGAGCAUGAGAAGAUCUUCAAGGCUUACGCAUCGCAUAUGGCAGGAGAGAUUCCUAUUGCAGAUGAUCCCAGUGGACCCGGUCCUAAUGAACCGCGCGACGUGCGGUGGGGUCGCAGUCGCAAAUUCAACCAGCCUCGUUCAAAAGCAAUGGCCCACCCUCAGCCAUCUCUUCUGACCCUUCCACGUGAACCUCGGGAGUCUACUUUUCUGAAUGGUGACGGUACACAAAGCUCGUCCGACCCCGAUCAUUGCAGCCCUACCGCAAUUCUUUCCACUGUAGACUGGGUAGUGAAGGCCGCUGAACAAGGACAUGGUGGUCUGCAGAAUGCCAUCCACGCGGCCGAAGACGUUGGUAUCCUUGAAGAUACCAUGUGGGUUGGAACCUUGGGCAUGCCCACCGACUCCCUGACCGAAACCACUAGAAGUCUUAUCAGUGAGACUUUGAAGGACGAUUAUGAAUCGCUCACUGUGUUCGUGGGCGAUAGUGAGUUCGAGGGCCACUUCUCGCACUUCUGCCGCUCAGUACUCUGGCCUGCUCUCCACUACCAGAUGCAAGAGACCCCUCGACACACUGAGUACGAGGACUACUCUUGGAAACAGUACCUCAAAGUGAAUGAGGCUUUCGCCAACAGUAUUGUCACUCACUGGUGUCCAGGAGAUACCGUCUGGAUCCACGACUACCACCUCUUAGCGCUGCCUGGUCUACUUCGAAAGAUGUUGCCCGAAGCCGAGAUUGGAUUCUUUCUGCACACACCGUUUCCUUCAUCGGAGAUCUUUCGCUGCUUGACUCCGCGCAAUGCCUUGCUCGACGGUCUUCUUGGUGCUGAUCUGAUUGCAUUCCAGACGGACGAGUACUGUCAGCACUUUAUCAACACCUGCAGUAAGCUUCAAAGACUCCAAGUCUCGCUUGAUGUAGUACAUGCUGGUAGUCGAUUCGUUCAUGUGAAGAGCAUUCCUUUAGGGAUUGAUUAUCAGUCACUCAACGUGUUGCGUCAUUCUGUUGAAGUCAAGGACUGGAUUCCAACCAUCAUGGAGAAGUAUAUGGGCAAGCGAUUGAUUGUGGCUCGGGACCGACUUGAUUCUCCAGGUGGCAUCAAGCAGAAGCUUCUAGCGUUUGAAAUCUUUCUUGAAAGCUACCCAAAGUGGCGUGAGAAUGUCGUCUUGAUCCAGAUCGCAUCGUCGGCAACAGAAAUUCCUGAAUUAGAAGCUCAGGUAUCAAAGAUCACAAUGCGAAUCAACUCCCAUUACUCAACACUCACACACUCGCCCCUCGUCUUACUCCAACAAGACAUCAGUUAUUCCCAGCUCCUCGCUCUACUCAACGUGGCCGAGAUCUUCAUGACCACCAACCUCCGCGAAGGAAUGAACCUGACUAGCCACGACUUCAUCCACUGCCAAGACGGCGAGCUCACCUCUCAAAAGCAUGGCUCCCUCAUUUUAAGCGAGUUCACAGGUAGUGCAUCCAUCUUCCAUGGCUAUGAGCUGCUCGUCAAUCCAUGGGACUACAAGCAAUGCGCCGACGCUAUCAAUGCAGCCUUGGAAAUGUCUCCAGCGCACAGAGAGCGCAACUGGAAGUUCCUACUCAAGCGCAAGGCUCCUCAUACUGCAAUUGCCUGGUACUCUUCCCUUCAAAAUGCCCUCACGAACGCUCAUAACGCGAAUAAACUUGACGAAAUUUACCUCGAUUAA